GCAUUUUAAAACCCACUAGCUUAUCCAUUCUAUUGAUAUACACGAACAAUCUGUUCGUUCUCAUCUGCGAUCACUUCAAUUCUUUUCUUCACUUCGAAAAUAUAGCUUUGUUCUUUUCCGAGAGAAGUCAUAUAUUUUCAUAGUUCAUACUUCACUUCUUUUCCGGCUCAUCUCUUUCAAACGGCAAUUGGGCAACGGUCGAAGUGUUUCUGUCAAGCAAGCUAAAGGACUGAAACAGAGGUAGGAUUAUCCUGGGAGCGAGUUGGCCAGUCCCGUUCGAGUAGCUAUCGAGAUACGGGGGCUAUCUUUCUUCAAGGCCAGUCCGGUUAACGGGCGAUCUUACGCUAAGCCGGCUCUUCCCCACCCCAUGUCACCCUCAUGCUUUCCGAGAUUCAAGAGCAGCAGUGCGUGAUGAAGACGUAUGAGAUCACCAUGAAGAAAAUGCAAGGGGAGAUCGAGAGGAAGGGGGCUCUGGUUUCCUCAAUCCGGAAGGACCUCGAAGGGAUUCGUGCCGGCAACAAGUCGCUGGAGAGGAUGCUGAGUGCCAGUGGGAGUUCCUCCAUUCUUGACGCCGUCAAGUUCUCCGAUUCGGUCAAUCCCAAAGAUUUCGUCACGGCGCUCCACUACGCCAUGAGAUCUGUGAGGAAUUUCGUCAAACACUUAAUCCGCGACAUGGAGAGGGCCAGCUGGGACAUUGACGCAGCAGCGGCGGCUGCUAUCCACGGCGGGGUAUCGUUCGGGAGGAAGAGCCACAGGGCUUUCGCCUUCGAAUCUUUCGUUUGCAGAGAGAUGUUCGACGGGUUUGACGUUCCUUGCUUCUCCGCGGGGCAGCGGCAGCAGAGGGAGUUCUUCUUCGAUCAGUUCAAGAAGCUGAAGCAGGAGGUGAACCAUUAUCCCCCCUCUUAUUCUCCUUUGGGGAGGUUCUUGAAGACCAAAUACCUGCUCCUGGUUCAUCCGAAGAUGGAGUUUUCAUUUUCGGGGAACCUGGCUCAACGGAAGAUGGUGAACGCCGGGGAGUUCCCGGACACGGAUUUCUUCAAGGCAUUUGCGGAGAUGGGGAGGAGAAUUUGGCUCUUGCAUUGCCUGGCUUUCUCUUGCGGUGAGGAACAGCAAGUCAGCAUUUUCCAGGUGCGGCGGAGGGCUAGAUUCUCAGGGGUGUACAUGGAGAGCGUGACGGGGGGCGAAAUUUGCUCCGGGGUGGCGGCGUUCACGGUUGUCCCGGGGUUCCAUGUCGGGAGAAGUGUGGUUCAAAGCCAGGUAUACCUCUACCCGCUCCGCACUCCGGGCGCCGCCGCCGGCAACCAAUUUUCUUCAAUUGCUGCUGUGGUAGAUCGACAAGAAAAACGUACAGUAUUUAUUACUUGAGCUAUUACUUUCUAUCUGGUUUAAUUUCUCUUGUAAAAUAGCCGUUGGGUACAGAUAGUUGACGGUCAAACCAUUUUCACCCGUUGGACGAUGAUAAGGCAGCAGUCUUAAAACGGACCUGGAGCCUCUGCCUUGCUUUAAAGCAAGGCAGGGUGUCUGGCUCUUCCGGGCCGUUCGAUCGGGAAUUGGACGACUGAAGAUGUCGGGCUCCACUCCUUUGCCGAUCUUGAGGUUGUCCUGGUCGCCUCCCCGCCGUCGGAUGCCGCAAGGCACUCUGCCUUAUUGCAGAGGAUCCUGAUCGGUCUUAAAACAACUUGAGUUGGCAAUUUAGAUUCAAAAGACCCUCCCUCUCCAUCCCUCUCCUGAUUUUGUUUGGUAAACAUGCGGGGUGGGGGUAUGGAUAGGUCCUCACAUAUCAAAGAACAAAGGCUAGUUUGAAUUUGCAUUCCAUUUUAUUAUUCAAAUUUUGUAUUUUCACUCCAAUUCUGUAUGAAAAGAUAAAAAUGUUCCCCCAUUCACAAUUCUCCUGGCCUUCAACAUAUUCCCGAUCGAGGGGUAUUUUUGUUUUUUCAUACGGGGUUAGAGUGGAAAUACAAACUUUUUUUAAAAAGCGGUGCAAAGUCCAAUUGUGGACAAUAAAAUAGGUGCAAACUCAAAUUAAUCCAAAGAAACUACUAGCUAUGAUCACUCCGUACAAUUUCUCGCUAGCUAGAUGCCCUUUUAAGUACUCCAUUCAAACCGCAAUAUAGUUAGUAAGAUUAAAGUUACUUUUUUGUUUGGAUUGAUUGAAUUAAUUGGUGAUGACUAUCUAACAUUUUUUAUUUUCUCUUUUUCUUUUUCUUUGAACCCAAUGGGGCGUUGAGUGGUGGGGGCUGGGGGAGCUUAGGGUUAAUUUUGUUGAAACUCUCUCUAUAUGAGACCCCUCGGAUGGAAGAAUAGUCGGAGACCACUUAAGUUGGACUACUUCCUCUUAUUUAACAUGUUUUCUAUAUUUUAUUAACUAGAUAGAUUUUAAAUACCAUUUUUCGUAAGUAAACACAUUUUGUCAAUUCACUCUCUUCAAUCAAAAUUUCAUGAAACUUAUUCAGCCAAUUACUAACAUUACCACACUUUCUGAUAUAAUUUUCAUAUUUUUUGGUAUUCUGAACUCUCAAGUGUCCUCAAGUGUCUAUUGGGUCAAAUUGCCUAACAUGAUCAUGCGUAUAAAACAUAUACGAAGUAUUAGCUCAUGUACUUAUUACAAUUGUUAAUCAUGGAAUCAUUUCUUAAUUCCACUUUGAACAAAUGUUUAAAAGCAAAAAGCGUGACAUGGUGCUCCACUUUUCUCCAUAUGAUCUCUUUUGUAUUGGGUUUCUUUAUUAAGGUUGGCUUUACAUUGCUUCACAUGUAAGGCUGUUGUAUGUGCUUUUGUUUGUUAAAUCAAUUAAGUAGUUUUAGCGUGCUUGCUUGUGAUCCGAUCAAAAUGGUCCCUUCCCGUGUCUCCGUUCGCAUCCCACUCUAAUCCAAUCUUUACCAUCUUAUAUGAAAUUAGUCGACUAAUCAGUGCGUUGUAGGAAUUAUAAAUGAAAUUGAAUUUUUCUACUAAAAAGGGGAAAAUUCCCGAAAUAUGAGUAAAUAAAUUGAAUUUAAAGUCUGGUAUCGCCAAAACAUGACAAUAAUUAGUCAUAUUUUGGGAAGAAAAACAUGGCAGUCCUAUUUUGUAAUAUACAAACGUUUUUAGUCUUAUUUAGGGUAAUUUUCCAUCAAAAAAAUUGUAGUGUAUGUAGUUGUGAUAUAAAAUUUAAUACAUGAAACAAGAUUGUGUUAAUUACCAUUGAUGGAUCGCCGACCCUAGGGGUAAUCGGAAUCCUAAAAGUGUGUGUGAGACUGUGUGUGUGUGUGUGUGAGAGAGAGAGAGAGAGAGAGAGAGAGAGAGAGAGAGAGAGAGAGAGAGAGAGAGAACGGAUAAAAAUGCUAAGUAAGAUUGGGUAUGUAUUUCAGCAGCAUAACAACAAGAUUGCAUAGAGAACUUCAGAUCUCUUUCCACAUGUUAGAAGGUGAUAUUUAUACUAAGUAAAAAAUACUUGGCCAACAAGUUAAAAAUAUGAUAUUCUAUUGUGGUGAAGACACGUGGCACACCUGCCUAACAAAUAAACAAACUAAUCUAAUAAUAUGACGACACAUGUAAAAGUGAUUGGAGAGAUAACUGGGACAGAUGGCUGAUUGGAACUGUGCAUAACAGAUUUAUACUAGGACAUACGUGCAUGUUACACGUGUACUGCCCAGAAUAUUCCUUGGCGAUUUAGCCUGGAGUGACGUGGCGCUUUGUAUAGUGUUGGUGAUGUGGCGGUGGCUUGCGUUACACUUGAUCUCUAAAAACGUCUAAGUCCACAUUUGGCUGGUGAGACCCCGAGCUCCCGGAGGUCAGAGCUCGGGGAGGGUGAGCUCAUAUUAUAGAGUUCAUCUCUGGUCUUUUCCGCGGUAGCGGUGAUUCUUUUGCUGACUUUUGUUGACUUCAGUUGACCUUGUAUCAUCGUCACAGGUCGGACCUGGUACCGACCUUGGUGUGCUCGAGGUCGGGCUCAUAUUUCAUCAUAUCCGGGCGAUUUGCGAGUUCGAUGUUGGCGCUGACCUCGGUGUGCUCGAGGUCGGCGAUCUUUGUACUUCGUUGAUUCACCGUCUUGUGUCUGGUCCUGACCUCGUGCGUCGAGGUCGGCCUCGGCUGAAACUUCUGUAAACUUAAGUGUUUUGUUGCAUGGCUGGAAGCCUUUGCCCGCCAAUUAUGAUACCCCUGGGUAUAUAGAAGUAUACUCUGUCAACCAUUUCUAAUAAUUGUAUAAAAUUAAUUAUGAUACCCAAAUUAAUUAAUACUACGUAUAAAAUUAGAAAUGAAAUAUUUUUCUAGUCUAUGGUUUUUUUCGUACGAUGCAGA